AUUUUUUUUUUUUCGAAGUACGAGGUAUUUCUUUCCGUCGGGCCCGGUCCGUGUUUUUAGCCUUCCGUUGCUAUAGAGACAGCUGCGCACAUUUUUCGGAUUGAGAGGAAUUAAACUCAGCACUGCAAGUUAACGAAUUACUCAUCAAAUCAACAAAAUUGUUGUUGCAUGGAGAGAAAUGAAGCGUUCAAGAGAAGAAUCAACCUAUUCACUCAAGUGCUACCUCAUGUAACAAUCAGUGUUAAGAUCUACUUUACAAGAAAAUAUAUCACAGCAGGAAAUUGGUAAAAUAUAAAAAUGGACUUUCAGAACAAUUUAUGAGAAAGUUUUUCAAUAAAACACAAUGGAGGAAAGACAAAUAAUAAAAGCGGUUCAAACGAUAGAAAGAGCCUGGUUAUCCAGCAGGGACCGGAAGAUUUUCAUGCUUUUGAAGCAUGCCAUUUGCGCUGCGGAACAUUGCAUCACAAGUGUUUUUCUUCAGACCAUCUCACCACAUGAAGCUGAAUUACUCCAGGAUCCAACAAUGUCAGCCUAUGUUCGACUGAGGUUCGGUGGAAGCAGUUUCCCUCCAUUGGUAUAUUUCAAGAUUUUCCUCCACCAAAACGGCCCAGUUAUCAAAUAUCUCAGUGGGAAAACAAUGAUGUCUCCAACGGCAACUGAGGCCAAUGAAGACUGCCUUAAAAUGAAGGGCCCUCGAUUAUUCUUUGAGCAACUCCUGUACGACCAAGUGCAACAUCACUGCAAGAAGACAACAGAUUUUGUUGACGUUGUGACACUGAAAGAUUACAUGCAGUACCUGGCCCAUAUCGAUGAAACGCCUGCUAAAUAUGGUGGCAAAUGUAACUACUGGAGACUUCUUUCUCUAAAUGACGUUCCACGCCAUAUCAUCUUCUACGAUAUUGUUGAGUUUUUGUACAGUGGCAAAGUUUCUCCAGAUAUCCAACACCAUCUCUCAAAUCUUCUGGUGAAACCAGUUAAUCCCAAAAUCCAAAUGUUACACCUUAAUAUCAUCUCAGCUUUGAAAUCAUCAAUUUCAUAUCCGUUAGAACGACUCAUGAGAUGUCCUGAAAUAAGGGGCAAUAAAACGAAGCGUCGGUCCAGACGAGCGGUCAAGAAGGUGUCCAGAAUGAGGCAACUCUAUCAACAAGAAAGAAAUGCGACUUGGUCUUAA